GCGUUCUGUAACGUUUGGCUAGUGAGCGGCAUGAAUCCGGCAUGGAAAGCGAGGUGGUCGUGCUUUAUAGCCAGUUCUCGCGAGAAGCGUCCCGAGUCAGUGGAUGCGCGGCGGAUAAGACUCCGCGUCUCGUACGGAUUCAUUCUUACUCUCGUGGACGGCGAUCGUACGAGUCGGCUCGGGAGUAUGCGGCAGCAGUGAGGAAGGAUGGGCCGAUCGCAUUCCUCGCAUCAAAAUGUAUCAAUGGAACGAACAUGAGCGGAUUAUUGUUUAUUACAUUGAUUGUAACUCACACGGUCACAGGAUCGUGCUUACCCGCCGCCAAGGAGAGAUACGUAAGAAGACUGAUACGAGAUUGGGCACCUCUGGUAUGGCUUGCGCCUGGAGAACGAUUUCUGCCUCUUGGCGUACCUGAAUUCCUGGAUAACGUGCAGUCGGAUCAAUAUUAUCUUCGCACUAGAAUGGACGUAGAAUUCUUACUGAGGAAUCAAUCGUCCUUCCUGUACGGUCGAAAACCCGCCGGAACCGUGCCAGUCUAUGCUCUCACGAAGAAGUGCAUUUCCACGGAGGCGAAGGUACGCGCGCCGACGUUAAGUCGGACGCCGAGGAAUGACCAAAGCGUUUUAACGCUGCUACGCGAUAAUGAACUUUCGGCCGAACUACGACCUGACACCGGGACUGGCGACCUAAGAGCACAAAUAGUAUCUCAAGAACGAAUACAACAGACGGCGACGGGGUCGCGAUUCGACACGAGAAGAGGAGAGAACAGUUGUCGUCGGAAGGUGCACUUUCACGUGACCUAUUGGAUGUUCUAUCCGUUCAGCGAGGGAAAGACGAUUUGCGUGCUGAAUCUUGGAUUUUUCGGUAGCUGGCCGAUACCCACCGUAGGCAGUGUAUGCAUAGGUACGCUCAAAGAGUAUGGCAGUCAUAUCGGCGAUUGGGAGCAUAUGAGUCUGUACUUCAAGGAUAAGGAGCAUCCUCUGACGAUGUACGUAUCGGCGCACGACGCGGGUGCGUUUUAUCGAUACGACCCGCAGAACGGCACUUUCGUCUACGAGAGUCAAGAGACCAGAAAAGGUCUCUUUCAGAAGCCGACAUUUCCCGAGAAGGUUUACACAGCCGGCGGUUCGCACCCGAUUUUAUUUAGUGCUCGUGGCUCUCACGGGCUCUGGACAGCUCCGGGAAAGCAUAAGUUUGUUCGGGUUCCCCGUCUGUAUGACGAGAGCGGAUUUGGAACUGCCUGGCCGACGUGGAAAAGAUUGGAACUGCUUUCAGAAGAAGAUAAUAAAGCUUUGCCGGGCUGGAUGACUUUUAAGGGCAAAUGGGGUAAUCCCAGAAGCAACUGUCAUCCGUUAGCGAAAUUAGGAUUUAACAUUUGCGAAUUCGUCGAUGGCCCAACCGGGAUUCCUAUGAAAAAAUUCAAUUUUCGUUGUUAAGAUCUAUCACACGGAAAGAAUAGAUUUCAGUUCGUGCACAGAGAGAACGAUUUGAUGAAUCAAAUAAACGUUUCUUUGGAAUGGUCCAAACAAAUUUUUUGGUUGACCAAACAAAGUUUUGGUUGGUAGAAAUAUUUUAUUGGAACUAAGCCGUAACUAAAUAUUUUUGUUGUGUCAAACAAAACUUUGUUCAAUCAAUCAAAAAAUUUGUUUGGACCAUUCCAAAGAAGUGUUUGUUUGAUUCAAUCAAAUCGUUCUCUCUCUGUAUGUAAUUGAAUAGAGACCAGAUAAAAAACUCGUUGACAUGAAAUAUUUCUGUUAUUCUAACCGAAAACAUUUAUUUGAACAUUCAGCUGUUUUAAAACUCGGUUGAAAUAACUGAGAGCAAUUAGCUGAGCAGAAACCUCCUAUGGGAAUCUUUCUGUUUCUACAACUGAGUUUUUCAUCUGGUUCCUAGACAACAGAAAAUUCAGUUACACUAAUGGAGUUGUUUUUUCCGUGUAUGAUUAAGAAGUCACUUUGAAAUGAACCUAAAGAUAAGAACAUUCAUUACAAACUGAACUUUAUCUUAGAAUGGUCGAAUGUGAAUACGCGCGCAUGUGUGUAUGUAUGUAUGUGCGAGAAAAGAGAUAAAUUGGUGGUGAGAUGCCAAAUAAGGAUGCCAAAGAUGGAUUAUCAAAUAAUCCACAUGAGAUUUUUAUCGUUUAAUUUAUUCGAAUGAUCGACUCAUCUUUUGAUUUUUCGACGAACAAUUGAGAAGUAUUUUAAUAUCUUUAUAAACGUGUUCAUCUAGCGAAAGCGAAGCUUCGUUGAAAAUUGACAGUCGAUAUAUAAAAGGAUAAUAAAAUAUUAAUCGUUCAUUAUAAUCUACAUGUACAUAAUCAACAAACGAUAAGUGGUGUGCACUUUUAGGCAUCUCGCAUGUGAUAUAGUCUUAAGACCACAAUAGGCAAAUUGUCUUGCGCAGUGAUCCAAGCCAUUGGCCAUUUGCGUUUCACUCUGUCCGUUCUAUUCUGGAAUGUCUCAGCGAUGCUGAUGCAUUUGUUCAACUUCUCUACCAUAGGCUUCAUGACUCUCUUCAGCAUACUCAGCAGCUCAGAUAUCAAGAGAUAAAUCAAUAAGCAGACCUAUUCAGAGACCUCAUCCUCGUCCACACCCUCUAUGGCAAUACUACGUAUGCCAUUUCUCAACAAUGGCGUACCCUUAUCCUUUGCCAGAACCCGUGCAUUCAGUACAAUCUUCAAAGGUGUGCCAGAUGAACAACACAUUACUUCAAUAUCCUCUUUUAAUAUCUUCUCUUUGUAGGCUAACAAUUCCACUUUUAAUCUAAUAGAAUAAUCAAUUAUUAAGUUUGGAUGAACUCAAAAGAAGGAGUAUAUUGAUUAAUGGAGAAAGUUAUGUAUGCAAUAAAAUUUUAUACCUUAAGCCAUCUUUAUCUUGUGCAAAAUCAACAAUAUGACAGUUUGCAUUUUGAUUUCCUGCUAUUAUUGCCGGUGUUACUGUUUUUCCUUCCAGAUGAAUACAUGUAUUCCAUGGCACUGAAAACUCUAUAUGGUAUCUGAAACAAAUGUAUGGAAUAUAUCCACUGUUUCCUAUUUUAUAUACAAUAUAUGUACAGAAACACAAAUGUAUUAUGUUGUAUGAGAGAAAUAUAUGAGAGAACAAAAGUUUUAAUAAAUAA